AUGGGAAACACGUUUGGUGUCUGGAUCAUUGUACUUGCCUCCAUCGUCUUGUCUCAGGCAUCAGGUUGCACUGACUGCACUGUCGAGGGUACAGUUUACAAAGGUCACUCACGGUUCCAGUACGAUGAAGGAUGCAAUAGGUACCGCUGUGUCUGCAGGUGUAACGGAUCCUGGGAAUGUCCCGCCAGACAUGUCAUCAACCUCUGUCAACAUCAGCCUUCUCAACCAUCGACAGUUUCAGUCUCUGAUGUCCCAUCCAAGGAAUCGUCCCCGACGUUUUCAUUUUCACCAGAUGUCGACGACCACAGCUGCAGUAGAUGUUUGCUUAACGGCGACAAAUAUCCAGGAAAUUCGUAUUUUUCUUUCGUUGACGAAUGCAUCGCUUUUAGAAACUGCUUCUGUUAUUGCAAUGGAUCCUGGGUAUGUCCCGAAGAAACAGCUUCAAGAGUUUGCUUUGAAGAAACCCCAAAAGUGCCCAAUGAAGCAUUUGGGUCAAGGGCUGAAAACAUUCAGCUGAAAAAACAGCAGGAUUUGGGUCAGCUGACCACUGGUGGUGGUGAUAACGGUAGCGUAAGUUUACAACGAAAUGAUGAUGCGAAAGGCAACAGCCGUGUUCUCCCAAAAUGCCUUAACUGCACUGCAGGGGGCAAGACCAUCAAGGGUAACAAUUACUUUGAAUUCGUGGAAGGAUGUCGUAAGCUGAGUUACUGUACUUGUUUCUGCAACGGAACUUGGACCUGUCCUGAAAGAUUUGUUGAAAACAUUUGCGAACCUGACACCCUUGAAACUUCUACGACAGUUAGGCCUGCAUGUGGAUCAUGUUCUGUGAAAGGUCGGACUUUUCCAGGAAAUGGAUUCUUUCAAAUGUCUGAUGACUGCAUAGAGUACACACAUUGUGCUUGCUACUGCGAUGGCUCAUGGGCAUGCCAAGAAAAGAAACCUAUCAGAAAUUGUACCCGGGGAAAUACUGCUAAUCUCAUUGAAACGCCCGAAUCGAUCUGCAACCACUGUAACGUUCAAGGCAAAACUAUUCAUGCAAAUGAGUUAUUUCACCUAACAGAAAAUUGUAUCGAAUAUAGGCGCUGUGUCUGCCAAUGUAAUGGUUCGUGGUCUUGUGACAAAGACGCUGUCAGAAAUGUAUGUGGGCUUCCAAGCGAGGCAGAUAACAGCACGUCUUUUUGCGCAACAUGCAAUGCUUAUGGUUCAGUAUUUCCGCCCAAUCAGUAUUUUCACGUGAAAAACGGUUGCACUGAAUACCAAGAUUGCGUGUGUCACUGCAAUGGGUCGUGGUAUUGUCCAAAAGAUUCGACGAGAGAUGUUUGCGAUAAACGUAAAGGAAUGUUAUUGGAACUCACUGGUAUCGGCGACCCAGAAGUUUCUGAAACUAGGUGCUUAUCUUGCUUUGCAUACGACAAAUAUUUCAGGGGAGGUAAUAACUUCGAUGUUGUCUAUGGAUGCACGAGUUAUCGGAAAUGUGUGUGCAGAUGUGACGGGUCGUGGAGCUGCAAUGAUCGCUUUGCAAUCAACAUCUGCAGCAACGAAACAUUGAAAGCCUCUGGUAGCAGAAAUCUGGAAGAAAGAACAUACACAACGAAUGUCAAUGAGACUGCAGCAAGCGCGCAUCUUGCCGACAACCAGUGUUCAUUUUGUGAUGCCCGCGGCAAAGUUGUGAUAGGGAACAGUCUGUUUGAGUUGACUGCCGGAUGCGUUGAGUACAAGAAUUGUUUGUGUCGAUGUGAUGGUUCUUGGGAAUGCCCGCCACAGUUUGCAAAAUAUAUUUGCAAUGACACUUAUGAAAAAGAACUCUCCAGAACAAACGUGAAUAUUGCUUGCUCCAGCUGUAUUGCUAAAGGAAAAAUUAUCAGAGGCGGGUCUUCAUUCGAACUUGCAGAUGGGUGCACUCUGUAUUCGUCAUGCCAGUGUGAAUGUACAGGCAAAUGGAAUUGUUCUACUGAAAAAGUAGAGGAUGUUUGUUCUGGAAACGCCACUGUUGGAGUGGACAAGUGUUCAGUAUGUCAACCGAGUCCUGAUGUUGUACACCCACCCAACACCUGGUUCACACUCACAGACGACUGCGUCCAACACACCUGCAUGUGUUUCUGCAACGGGAGUUGGAGUUGUCCCGCGGAUUACAACCGCUGGGUGUGUGAAGAUAAAUGUCUGCAGUGUGACGUGGAUGGGCAGAUCGUCCCCAGCAAUACACAGUACGUCCACAAGACAGGAUGCCUAGAAUACACAUGCAGUUGUCACUGCAAUGGAAGCUGGUCGUGCCCAGAAGACGCAACAAGGGACACAUGUACACAGACAAGAAGUCAAGAAUGUAAAUCUUGCCACGUUACCGGAAGUCUAAUCUACCAAGGAGAGACGGAGUUUAUUCUAGAGCAGGGAUGCUUACAAUACAAAUGUCGUUGUAAUUGCGACGGCAGCUACUUCUGUCCUGGCAAAGAAGCCAGAAAUGUAUGCCGGGGAGAGAUCCUGGGAGGAUGCAGAACGUGUGUGUUGUCUGACACGAACAUUCACAAAGGGGACACAGAUUUUGUGUUACAAAAAGGCUGCGUUUUUUAUAACUGCAGGUGCCACUGUGACGGCAGCUGGCAUUGCCCUGCAGAAACUUCCAGAAAUGUUUGUUUGGGAGAGUUCCCUGGCGGGUGUAGAGUCUGCAGAGUCUCAGACACAGAAAUGUACCGCGCCAGUUCCUUCUUUCAUUUCAGACAGGGCUGUGUAAGCUACAAGUGUAGAUGUCAGUGCGACGGUAGCUGGUCUUGUCCUGGCAGAGACGCACGUGAUGUCUGCAAGGGGGAGGUGCCGGGUGGAUGCAAAUCUUGUCUGAUUUCUGACACGGAAUUCUAUCGCGGAGCUUCCUACUUUGAGACAACAAGAGACUGUGUGCGCUACAAAUGUCGGUGCAACUGCAACGGAAGCUUCAACUGCCCAGGGGAGACAGCAACAAGGGUUUGCCAGGCUGGCGCUCAAGUAAUAACACCUGUCUGCAGACCUUGCACAGUUUCUGCUACAGAAGUUUUUGCUGGGAACUCCACUUUUAUCCUUAACAGACAUUGCUUUAGAUUCGAAUGCAGGUGUAUGUGUGAUGGCAGUUGGGAAUGUCCACCAGAGAAAACAUUUUCUAUGUGUACAGAAGAUCGUAGAGAUGCAACAGUGUCUGCCAGGUGCAAGCUGUGUAGGAUCUCUGACAAAGUAUUUCCAUAUAACUCAGAAUUCAAGUUUAACAGAGGAUGUUUCCAGUUUUCCUGCCUCUGUAAUUGCUCCGGACGUUGGUCUUGCGAUACCCAAAACCUGACAAAUGUCUGCAGUGAGCAAGCGGUUACUGAACGUCCGUUAGUUUCUACCGGUAGCGCGGUUAGGCAGGCUGUGAGCAUCGAAGUUCCAGCCCCGAUACAAAUCUUAUCAGAGGGUUCUAUCUCCGGGAAUACGAUUAUGGAACCUGACAUUCAGGUCCAAGAGACAGAUGGUUAUCGCAGUAUAAUCUCGAACACCAGCAAAAGCAUCAACACAACGGUAAUGCCGGAUGCAGACAGUAGAAUAUGUCAACCAUGUCAUGUUGAUGGUAAAGAUAUCAAUGUUGACCAGGAAUUCGUUCUUCUCCGAGGCUGUGUCGAGUACCGGACAUGCAAAUGCUAUUGUAAUGGUCGAUGGCAGUGUGCCGAAAUCAAAAAUACGUGUUCAUCAAAUGAAACCUUAACGACGUCAGAAGGUAACGAUUCACCCCUGAGAGAAACAUCAUCUUCUAGGUUCAAGAGAUCACUGACGCUUCAAACAAGCACUAGGCGUUUGACAGGUCCUAGUAUCCUUAGAGGUAAGAGAGCACAUCUCAAAGAAGACGGUUCUUUCUCAGAUCAAGGAGUUGGGGACAAUGGUAAUUUAAAGCGGGGUCAUAAAUCUUCAGAAUCUGUUGUAAAAACUUACCACAGCAGUUCUAAAUCUUUCAAAUCCUCAUACACCUGCGUUGGUUGUGAAAUUCGUGGAGUUAGCUAUGCUAAAAGAUCGAAGUUUGUGUUGCGAGAUGGAUGUAGCCAGCGAGUGUGUGAAUGCCACUGCGACGGGUCAUGGUCGUGCAAACAAAGCAAAGUUGACAUUUGCAAAGUAGCCACAAAAGACAAUGUCCAAGACAACUGCAAGAGCUGUUUAGUAGAUGGCGAUGUCUACAUAUCAGAAAGAGACUUUCACAUUAAUUCUCAAUGCUUUCAGUACAGUUGUCAUUGUUUCUGUAACGGCUCAUAUGACUGCCCCGCUGAAAGCCGUCGGUAUAAUUGCCGUCCAGAUAUCAGAUCAGAAUUUCAGACAAGCAAUAAAAUAGUAAAGAAUACAGAAUCCAGAGUUCGACCAACUCUCCCUGCAAAAGAAAACGAAGAUGGAAUUAUAUCCAGUCAAGUUCCCGGAUGCAAAUACUGUCAGGAGGAUGGAAAGAGAAUUCAAGCUCUGGCCUCCUUCACCAAAAAGAUUGGCUGCUACCAAGUGACAUGUUUCUGCCAGUGUAACGGGAUACCAAACUGUCCGACCAGUUUCUUCCAGAAUGUUUGCCGUGGGCCUGAUGGGACAUCACCAAAUGACAGAAAAGGAUGCCGUGUAGGUGAGCGAACCCAUUACUCUCGCGUCUUCUUUCACGUGGAAAACUGCACCAGACGCGCAUGCGUGUGCUACAACGACGGAAGCUGGUCUUGCAGACGGGCAGCUAAUGAUAGACAAGUUUGCUGA